AACAGGACAAGAUGAAAGAUGAACUCCAUAAAGAAGAAAAAAUGUGGAAAGAGAGAUUCAAACAGCAUGAGGAGUUUAUUAGAAAUUUGAACUUACAAAUGGAAGAAGAAAGAACACGAUUUAAAGACCUACAGGAAAAAGAAAAAAUUCGUUUGUUAAAACUGCAGCAUAAUGCAGCUAUAAAAAUUCAGGCUAAAUAUAGAGCAUUUGUGGCCUACCAAAAAUAUGGCCCAAUCAUAAAAGAACAAAUAGAAAAUAAGAAAAGGAAAAUGCUAGAGUGGAAAGAAAAGGAAGCAAAAAUACGACAGGUGGAAGAAGAAAAACGAAAAAGAUUAGAGGAGGAACAAAGAAUAGAAGAAGAGAUAAAAAGGCAGAAGCAAGAGGAAAGGAAAAGGAGAGAGAAAGAAUAUGAAGAAAAAAAGAAUAUUUUGAGACAAGAAAAAGAGCAACUACGAAACAAAGAAAAAUUAAGAUUAAAAGAAGAGAGAAGACAAAAGCUAAUAAUAAGUACAGCAUUAAAAAAUGGAGAACAUAAUGCCAAACAUUUAACUGUCAAAGGCGCAUCAGAGAAUCAGGAUGAUAUAGUAAAAAAGCUAGGGGAUGAAAAGUCAAAGAAGUGGGAAGAUGUUCCCCUUUGGUUAGUUGAAGAAUCGAAUAAGGGAGAAAAUGUAGAUAGACAACUUGUAUUCAAAGAAUCAAUACAAGUGCAUUUAAAAGAAUCUAUAUCAAACCAUGCAAAUUUGGCAGAAUGUAAAGUGGAAGAAAAAAGUGAAAAGCUAGCAAAACAAUGUUCAGAAAAAUCGGUCAAGCAAGAAAGAAAAUUUGAAAGUAUAGAUGAAAAAACUGAAUUGGAGCACCCAGAUCUAAAAGAUAAUGUGAAAGAACAGUUUCAGCUGCAAGAAUUAAAGUCUCCAGUACAAAAGGAAGAAACCUUGAAGCCUACCAUAAAUGAUAAUAUGACACAAGAAACCCAAAUGAUAAUAUUAGGACAUAAUCAAGAAAUUAAUGAGGUGGAAAACAACGAAGCACAGAAGAUAAUCAAAGAUAAUCAACAGAGUAAGAUACAAAAAGUAGAAAAAGAAGAGAUAUUAGAACAGAAUGAAACAUUAUAUGAAGAGAAUAACAGUUCAGUGAUUGCAAUGAAACAAAAACUACCACCACUAAUAUUACAAAAUUCUGAAAAUAUAGGAGGAAAUGUAAUACCACAAGAAAAAGAAACUGAUUUAAAAUGUAAAGAAGAUGAGGAGAACCCCAACGGCAAUACUCUGAAUAGUGACGUGAUUUUUAAUACUAGUGAUGCUCUGACAAAUGUAGAAUGCAAAAUAAACAAACAAAAUUUAAUUUUAGGUAGACAUACUCCUUGUGAAGACCUGGGUGGCUAUAAUGCAAAAAACGCCUUGAUUCUUAAAGAAGUAAACUCUCUGAAGUCUCAAGUUAAAGAAAGUCCAAAAGAAUGUCAUGAAAUUAGAGCAGAACAUGAAAAUAUCGUGACCUGCUCUGCACCAGAGCCAACACUUCUAUCUUGUAUUGAAGAAAAGAGACGAGCUUGGAUAAAAUCAUUUAAACCCUGGUUGGAAAUUUUCAAGCAAAAUCAGCAAAAGAAGAUUGUUAAGAGAAAGAGACUUGUAAAAUGCCCAGCUGACAUUCUGCCCCCUUUGAAUUCACUAGAAAUUCUUCGGUGUGGUCCUUGGAAUACUUUACAACAGGUAACAACAGUUACAUUUCAAGAUUUGCCAGGUUGUAGUCUUUCCACACUGGCCGAGUGUACAAAUCUGCAGUUCCUAUCUCUUCGACGCUGUGGAUUAACUUCUUUGCAGAGCCUGAAUAACUGCAGACAACUGAAGUAUGUUGAUGUACAGGAAAAUAAUAUUGAGACUAUCAACUGUGAAAAUUUGGAAAAUCUCUGUGUUGUUCUUCUUAAUAAAAAUCAACUAACUUCCUUCCAUGGUUUUGAUGGCUGCACCAGUAUCCAGAAUCUUGAACUUUCACAUAAUAAAAUCACUCGAAUUGGUGGUUUCGAAUCUUUGAAAAAUCUUCAGAAACUAGUUGUGGACCACAAUCGGUUAAUUAGUACGAAAGGCCUUUGUGAUACUCCUGCCAUUAUAUACCUGGAUUGCUCACAUAAUCAUCUUACUGAAGUUGAGGGCAUUGAAAACUGUGGAUUGCUCCAAAUACUGAAGUUACAGGGAAAUUAUCUAAGUGAGCUUCCAUCCUUGGCAAAUCAUGUUCUACUAAGAGAAUUGUACUUGGAUGAUAACAGCAUUUCAACUGUAGAAGCAUUUUCCUCAUUUUGGCUGCCUUUACUACAAAACUUGACUCUCUCUCAAAACAGUUUGACAAAAAUCAUACCGCUUUUUCAUUUUUUUUCUCUGGAAAAACUAGAUGUCAGCAACAAUUGUCUUUCUGAUCUUACAAGUGCCAUAAAUGGGUUUAAUGCAUGCUUUUCUCUCCGUGAAUUGACUCUCACUGGAAAUCCACUUCUUCAAGAAAUAAACUGGAGGCAUUCUCUGCUUAAAAUGUUACCUGAUCUAAGAAUCCUCAAUGGUGAAAUGCUUAACUCUUAUUCAAAAAGCCACAGUGAAGAACACUAUGAACUAGAAUUGGGACGUUUCCGGAUCCUUUGUCAGUCCCAGAUUAGAGAAUUCAACUUACUAAUUGAAAACUAUGUUACUGGAAAUGGAAAUAUAUUCACCUUGGAUACUGCCGAAAAUCUCUGUUGUUAUUUUAAGAAACUGAUGACACUUAGUAACGAAUACCGAUAUGCACAUGAACACGGGGAUAUAAGUUUCACCAAGACAGAUGAAUCAGAAGCCCAGCAGAAUCGUUUGACUCCUACAGACAGUGAGAGCGUACUGCAAAAUGGAGCUCUCUGUUCUUGUGCAAAUGAACAUAAACUGGACCCACCAGAUAUUUCUGAGAAAUGGAUAUACUCUGAUUCUGUUCAUUCUCCAUUGACCAACUCCUCCUUGUGUGAAGAUAUGGAAGGAAGAAAUCAGGAAAAAAUAGUAGACAAGAAAAAAGAUGACAGUAAGGCAAGCGGUAUCCCCACCAAAAGAAUGCCACUCAAGGAAACAGUAAUGAGAAGUUCUCUGCUGAGAAAUCAUGCAAAUAUUGAACAUUGUGAAAAGAUUAUGGCAGCUAUGAUAAUCCAGGCAUACUGGCGUGGUUACAUUGUGCGCAGGCAGACUCAUUUCUCUACAAAGCGACACACUGCUGCAACAGGACCCGUGAGAUCCCGGACAAAUUCCUGCAUCAAGAAUCAAACUAUUCUAAAGAAAGAAAAAAGAGAAAAUACUAUGAAUAUCCAGGAACAGAGGGAAAAGGCUGCUACUCUUAUUCAGGCGAUUUGGAAGGGCUUUCUUUUGCGAAAGAAACUGACAGCAGCUCUAGAAGCAAUUAAGAAUGAAGACUCUGAAGAAGAAUAUGAAGAAAUAAAUUUAGAAGAUUUUACAUUUGAUGAAGCUGCCUUAGAAAAAGAAUGGCCAGCUUUCAAUUCCGCCCGCUUCCCUUCACAAACACAGCGUCUCCCCAGCCAGCUGCACUGGCCAAAGUCCUCUGGAUCCUUAAAUUAUGAUGACACGUCCCUUAAUUUACCAAGUCACCCAGCUCAAGCGUGGCUAUGCAAUGAGAAAGAAAAUGUGUUUUCAUCGGAACACACGCACUUUAAUGGCAGAUCAGAAAAUAGAACUUUAUCCCAGACACCUGAAUCACAGACCAGCAGAAAGAGUUUGCUAAAAUCUGAAAAGGAGGAAAAAAUUUCAGAAGAAUGGGGCUUUAAAGAUAUUUCUACUGCUCAGCAAAUGCUGAAGAGAGCACAGAAAAUGAAGUCAAAGAAAUUAAGGAAAAAAUUGGACCCCACUGUGCGCCUAGCAUUAUUCAGAAACAAUGAAAGUAAAAUUUCCGUUACAAAAUCACCAAAGAAGACACAACCCAGAAGAGAUGGUUAUUUUGAAGGUAAGAAAGAAGAAUUUAUCUACAAGAAUACCAGGUCACAUGAAAAAUUAGAAAGGAGUAAAGAAUAUACAUACCAAUGGCUUCACACACAGGUUGCAAUUCCUGAAACAACUAGUUCCAGAAAUACAGAAUGCAAUCAUUUCUUGCCUGAGUUAGAUCCAGAUGUACUUAAUGGUGGAAGAGUUCAGCUUGUGGCACAACUUGUAAGCAGAGAAGACACAGAUUUAGACCUUUUUUCCAUGACCAGUGGAAGUGCUUUGUCUGUGAAGAGAGAGAAAAAAAAUCAGGCACACAGACACUCAGCGGGAUCUUCAAGUUUUUCAAUUAAAGGAAUACUUGCACCAGUGAUAACAAAUACAGGACCUUCUAAGAAAGAACGCAUGUCAUUCCGUGACAAUCCCGUGCAACUCAGUGGCGGAUGGGGGAGUGGCAAGAAGAAGGCGAAAACUUCACACUAAUCUUUCAAGCUUCAGCAAAUGGUGCACAACAGCAAAUGGCGCACAAUUUCUUUUCAAGAGGUCUGUGGAUAUCUGAUCAGGUUACCGAUUGGAUACAAGGUUUUAGACAACUGUAUUUCAAUUAUAUUAUUAUGCAUAUUUCAUAUUUUUUUUAUGGUGAGUUAUCUUCUUUCCCAUUUGUGAAAUACGGUUUUGCUGCUGUUCCUGUAUUGAUGUAGAAUGGCCUCCAGAAAGUAAUUCUUGAAAUAUUGCAAUGGAAUUUGCAUAUCCAAUUUCUUCUUUUGUUUAAAAUUUUAUGAUGUAUUAAACAUGGCUUUGGUUAAUGAAUAAUAAGUUGUAAUAACAUACACAUAGGAGCAUAUAACUGUAUUUUAUUGACACUUUAUAGUAUUAGUAAAUAGCUAAUGUAUUAAAUUUUAUUUGACCAGAUUAUGUAAUUGGAUAGUUCAAAGGUAAACUCAUAUAUAAAGUAAUUCAGGAUACACAAUGAAAAUGGCCUUUUUUUAAGUUAUCUUCAUUAGAUUAGAGUUAUGUUAAGAAAAUAUACAUUAU